CUCGGUUUGUUUCUUUCUGAGUCUCAGUCUCUGUCGUCAGCUGUCGGUUCCGGCUGCGCGGCAAACCUUUCAAGUGGGAACAAGAAGACGAAGCAAUAGCAACAAUAAUAACAACACCUCACGCGUACAGUCGCACUUAUAUACUCGUACACACAUACAUUAUUGCGUCGGCAGUUAAUUAAGAAUCGAAAUAUCGUACUUGCGUGCAUUGCGUAUACGCCGUGCUGUGUCGCCGGUGACACUUCUAUUCAAAAAGAGAGAGCAUUAAAUGGUUGCCAAAUUUAACAAAAUACAACAUACGAGUAUAGUAUAUUUUAACAGCGAAUAAGAUCGUGUGCCAACAACAAAUCGGGUGAAAACAAAAGCAAAGCGACUGUUGACGUCGCCAACGCCAGAUACGUGUUUUCAAACGACAACAACGAACGAGAUAAACAUUUCUACAAACGUAGAUACUCGCGCAUAUGUGAAUAUUUUAUAUUCGUAUUUGUUUGUGUGCCGCAACACAAAAAUACGCAAUAAAUAUUCAAGUCUACAACUGAAACGUACGGCAUUGAAUAGCUCUAAAAACGAAUUUGGUUAACGUAAGAAUCGUAAAGAGCGUGCACGUCAACCGUGAGAAAUUCAAAACAAAAUUGUACAAAUUACAUGCACCAGUACAUAUGUGCUGGAUAAGAAGCGUGACUGAUAAGAGAGAGAGAGAGAGAGAGAGUGUGAGAGAGUGAGAGAAAUAGAGUAGAUAGAAGAACACCCACGCAAAAUCCUUAUCGCUGCAUUCUUUGCUGCCAAGAAUCGUCACGAGAAUGGCCGACGAAGACUUAAGUCCGCUGCCAUUUCGUCGCGAGCGGAAUCUCAGCAAUCGCAACUUUAAUAAACGCAACUCGCGCCGACGCCUCAGUACGGAGAAGCACAGUAUCGCUGUGGACGCUGAUAGCAGUAGUAGUGCCUCUGUCUCGAGUUCAUUCCAAAUUUCCUACUCUGUUAAUUCGGAUACGGAAGGCGCGUUCAAUCGCCGCUCAUUGCUCAAGAUGCGUCCGCCCAGCAAUGAGAUCGAGAUUGGUGUUGAAGCAACGUCCCUUCCACCUGCCACACCUACCACACCAGACGUGCCCGAUCCGGCGCUCUUGGAUGUGCGCCAAAAGGUGCAACGUUUCGAAACUCUAAAAUCGACAAUUGCCUUGAGAAAACAGGAACGCCUAAGUCUCAAACUGCUGGAGAAUCGACGAAAUGUCAGUCUAGAGCAGAAGACGUUUGUCCGUGUCGGCCCACUCGGCUCCAGCAGCGAUCCUAGCAACAGCGCCACCUCAAACCCCCGCACGAGCACCAGCAUCGAUGAGGUGCGAUCCGAGGAUGAAGUGGAUCAGAUAUCAGACUUUGAGGCAGAUCCGCAAGUGCCGGUGGAAUAUGUGCUCAGCGAAAGCGGCUCGGCCGUCCUCACGACCACCAACAAUGAUUCCAAGGCAGAAAACAUGAAACGUUCGAUCAGUGCGGACCCAACGGGCGAGUUGACAACGCCUUCCAGAAACCGAAAUUUUAAAGAUUUUCCCAGAAACUUCAGUUCGGCGCCCAGAAGAAAGACUGAAAUUAUUGGUACAACAAAUCAAGGGCUAGUCAACAAAUUUCAUUCAGUGUAUCAACCCAAAGAUGAAGAGGAUGAAGGCGAGAUCCAACUGCGCGAGAAGAGCGAUAAGUGUGUGCAGCCCAUAUUGGAGGAGCUUAUACACACCGAGGAGGCGUAUGUGAAGAGCCUGUUUACCGGCCUCAAGGACUACGGGAACAUGUUCCAGCGCAAGGACUUGCCAUUGGGUCUGCGUGGCAAGAAAUAUGAUCUAUUUGGUAAUAUUGAGCAAAUCGCCGAAUUCCAUCGCGAUGAGUUUCUGCCCAUGUUGCAAAGAAAUCGACGCGACUUGAAGCGUUUGUUUGAUGAGUUCUUGGAGUUUCUGGAUCAAAACUGCUUCUACGGCUAUGUUAUCUUCACCAUGAACAAACAAAAGUCGCUGAAAUUGUGUGAUCUCUAUAAAAACUAUUUCAAAAGCAUACAGAUUGAAUGCGAUGAUAAAUUGGGGAUAAAUAGUUUUCUGGUGCAGCCCAUACAGCGAAUGGCCCGAUACCCAUUACUGCUGACACAAUUCAUAAACACCUUCUUUAAGAAUCGCGACAUUGUGAUGAAGCCGCUGCUCGAGUCCUGUUGCCGUUUGGAGAAGCGUUUCCGCACAUUACUUACCACCACCAACGAGUCGGAGACAAUCAACGACAUCGUCGACUGCAAUGAGUUCAAUGUCUACUACCAGGGCAAGUUUCGCAAGGUUAACGAAUUUCACGUGCUGGACCACAAGUUGAAGCGCAGCUAUCGCGCCAAGGUGUUCAUCUUCGAUAAGUGCAUCAUAUACACGGAAAUAAAGGGCAAGCAAUUGGUCUUCCAUGGUCGGUAUCCUUGCGAGCACAUCGGCAUUUUGACCAAGACGAAAUCCUUUACACUCUACUACGAACGACGCAAGCAGCAGGAGUGCGAGUUUAGUGCCGAUCCUUCCCAAAUCCUACAAUGGGUGGAUCUAAUACGUGAUAUGAUCAAUAGUUAUGCCAACGAGGAGAAGCAGAAGCUGAGGGAACGGUACUCGCGCGAAUACGAUCAUUUGCAUCGCAAGGCGCCGAGCUUGUCCUUGUAUCGCGACUCAAAUCGUUUUAGCUCAGAUAGCGGCAUCGGCAAUAUAUGGGUAAUGCCUAAGCCGGAAGAGGAGACUACCGGAAACCGAACCACUUGGUAUGCGGCAUCGUAGUGGCAUUCAAUAUUCCUGUCUUUGCGACAAACAUGCUCCUGCUAAUCAGGACUGAGGCAUAAUGCGCGAUCGGGUCGGGAUGCUUAUUCCUUACGAUUAGCUCGAAUUGUUGAGAAGAAAGGCUCCAAUUCAAGCUGUUCAUUAUUCGUACAUACAUAUCGUUAGGGGCUUUCAAAAAAUGUUACAACUAAAGUAAAGCUGAGGUCUUCUCUUCCCUCCUGUAUGAGAAUAUUGUGAUAAGCGCUGCCCUUUCCAAUGUACUUGUACACGUAUGCUGCAAAUGCUUAUUAAAGUUGUAUGCUAAAUCACCAAAUAUUGUUACUUAAGAAUGUUAUUAGGGUAGGCAUAUGCAAAUAAAUUGUUUAAAACCUGUCAUAAAAAUAAAUAUCUUCUAAAGAGUUCCGACAGUGACAAUAAUACGCUGUAAAUAUUUUCAUGUGUAAAUACUUAAUACUUAAGCUAGAGGU